GGCUAAGGAAGCGGCUAAGUCCCAGCCUCACCAUCAGCCACAUAUCUGCUGUCUGAACAUGCUCCAGAGCCCAUUCUUCCCAGGUCUGCUCAGCAACAUCCUGGCAACAGCAACAGACUCAUCUGGCCCCCCAGCUUCUCCAGAUGUUCCCCAGCCCCCUCGGAAGACCCCUUUUAGCAUUGACGCCAUCCUCUCCAAGCCAGAGCCCCAGAAGAAAGGCGCAGCCUCUGCCAGAUGGUCCUCCAAGCUGCCUCUGGAGUGGCACAGAUGGAUUUACCCAGCCACCUACUCCAUUGGCGUCAUGCCCUACCCAGCCAUGUACCUGGAUAAGCUGGGCUAUGGGGUGCUGCACCAGCAGCUGCAGCACAGGGUGCAGAGGGGCUGCCUGUUCUCUUAUCCCAGCUGUAAGCAAGACAGUCUGGAGUUGUCUGGAUGCGUAGGAGCUGUCUCGCUGGGGCCUUCUGUUCCUUGGAGAUCCAGGGGGCCCUGUAAGACGAAGAGGGUCCGCACAGUCUUCAAACCAGAACAGCUGGAGCGGCUGGAGCAGGAAUUCCUCAAACAGCAAUACAUGGUGGGCAUGGAGCGGGUGGAUCUGGCGGCCACCCUGCACCUCACAGAGACCCAGGUGAAAGUCUGGUUCCAGAACCGGAGGAUCAAAUGGAGAAAGCAAAGCCUGGAGCAGAAGAAAGCGAAGCUGGCGCAGUUUGGAGAGACGCAGCCUCUUCCUACGGACUCGAUGGACCUUGAGAACAACGAGGAAGACACGGUGGAAGUGGAGGUCUAAAUGGCUUGAGAAUUCCCUGCUGCAGACGUUGCUCUUGCAAUGGAACUAGUGGGGGUUUACAGCUAUGU